CCUCAAUCCCACCACCCGCUGCACGAGUUCACCAUUCCUACACUGCCAAAUCGCCUGGCCCUGUAGAUUUUCUCCUGAUGAUCUCCCAAUCGCUGCAGUCUUGCGCUGGGCAAUACCACACACAUCUCUGACCCGGACGUCGUAUCACAUCGUUCCUGCAUAAGGCCUUUCACUUUCCAAUUCUACCCCCGGCGUCUCAACUUUCUCUAUGCGAAUGCCUCCGAUGUUUCAUUCCCCCAGCCGUUCGCUCGUCUCUCUGACCUCCGGGUAACGUCGUAUUCAGCAUCCUGCUCGAUCGCAUUGCAAUUUGGCAAUUCUUUGAACCUGGGCUUGGUCUCUGUUGUUAUUAAUCGCACCAUUUCGAAUCGUACGAAUCCGCUCUGGGCCCAAUGCGACGUUGGCAGGCCGAUUAAUUCAAUUGCCCGAUCCUCCUCUUCGAAGGGCAUUAUACUGGCUCUCUUCUCGAAUUCUCCGUGCCAAUGCCAGGUUGUCCAGAUCACGGUCUGGCAGGCGCCCAUCGAAGGAAAUCGAAGCAACCGACCGGUGCGCGCGAUCCGCACUCUAGCCUUGGUAUAGAACAGUGGCAGUGGUGACACGGACAAGGGCUGAGAUCAGUUGUCCGAUCGGCGAGAGUCCUCGUCGGCCUCUAGACGAUGAAACCGAAUGACUGGGAAGAGAUGGCAAACGUGGCAACCCAGACGAGAUCCAGGUCACAGCUGAUUCAACGGAGAUCCAGCCGCCAGGCUUCGUCCCGGGACAGGCAUGGCAAGAUCUUUGAAGAGACGGAACACCCCACCAUUCGCGCAGUGACCCCAGACUAUAUCACGCCUCGCGCCGACUCUUUCGAUGCCAGUCACAUUCACUCCCCAGUACUGCAGCCCACACGCACACGACAUUCACAAAGGAGGCGGGAAACCUCCGCGUCGGCCACGAACACUGAGGAAGACAGCACCAUCGAGAGAAGAAGGCGGAGGGCUCAGACAAGAACGAGUACAAACGAAGAAGUUCCGGUGGAUGUUUCGCCAGGUUCAUUCAUCACCAAAACCCGCAAGAGGCUCGGGUCCAUAGCCACAGGCCUGCCCAUUCUCCCUUCUGAAGAGGCUCAUGGGUCAAUUGGGUUCCCUUCUGUUGUACAGAGUCCUGAACUCUUAGACCAACACGGUCCACCCAAGACUCCUCGCCGGCCAUUUUCUCCCGAUGAUUCGUUCGGCGCAAGCGCGAACAGUCUUCGGUCUCCUAAACUGCUAGAUAUUGACUCCGGUAAAAUUCUCCACCUCAUGAAAACCACCUGUGGUCGAAUGCAUGGCAUUCUAUUCUUUAGGCCGCUGCACACAACGGCGUGGGCAUCUGGCUACUGUGCAAUCAAUGUUGCGCCUGGCAGUUUGGUAUGCCAGACCAAAGGCGAAGUCCACUCAUCGAAGAUAUUGAUACCGGACCUGCGGGGCUGCACCGUCAGGACUCACUACGACCAUGAAUCUCAAAGCACAUAUCUGAGUGUGUUGAUUGCCUCGUCAGGAACUGGCUAUCAGCUGCGACCCCCAGUGCCUGAAACUUUCGACUCGUGGCUGGCAGCGUUGCUGUGUUGGCAACCAUUGAGACCGAAAGGAAUACAUAACAAGAUGACCAAACCUCAACCGGUUGGAAUCGCCGAGAAAAAGGCAGUAUCGCAGAGGCGUCUUUCCGAUCUCACUAAUCCAAGGGCCACAGCUAUCGUGAAGGUGGGAAAGAUGUUACUCUGGGACGGACCCUUGCCCUCGGGAUCUCAACUCGAAUCUUCACCCAGCAGCAUUGGUCGGUCGAUGACAGAAGAAAACUACCUCUGGCGUAGAGUGAGCUGCACUCUCCAUGAAAACGGGACCUUUCGCCUUCUGAACGAGAUCGAUAAUCGGGUGCUCUCGGUAACCCUAUUGUCGCAGCUUUCUCGCUGUGCAGUUCAGCGACUAGAUGAAAGCGUGCUGCGGAUGCCACACUGUAUCGCGAUCUAUCCUCAGUAUCGUGUCCAAACCCCUGUUGUGGGGCUUUCGAGACCGAUGGUGUUAUGCUUAGAAUCCAACGUCGCCCUCGAAGCUUGGUUUGUCUUACUCCGAGCCCUGACGGUGCCAGAGUUAUACGGUCCAGAGCAGUUGUCUCCAGAAGACGCACAAGCUUUAUCGCAACCAUCGCAGCACACUACCAACGUCUCUACGCAGGGCAUGUUUCGGAUAGAGCGAUCCCUCUCAAUCAAAAUAACCGAGGCAAAGUUUGCUCAGCGGUCAGCUCCAUUAGACACCUAUGAAUACAACAAGGCAAAAGGGAAAUCCGCAAAAGUUGAGCAAAGCAAAGAAGGGGUAUACGCGGAGAUCAUGCUGGGCAAAGACUUGCGAGCCCGGACAACGACCAAGCAGACGGUUUCUUCAGCUUUUUGGGCGGAGGAGUUCAAUCUACCAGAUAUUCCUGCCGCUUUGUCCAGGGUCACCAUCGCGGUCAAGCUUGGAAACCCGGCAGAGAAAGAAUGGACGAUGGUCGCCGACAGCCUCUACGAUAUCUCGGCAGACGCUGGAUAUCUCUCCGGCCUCGGCGGCCUGGAGAUUUCAUCUCACGAUCCGAUAUUUGGGAGAGUGGAUGUUUCCAUUGAUGAGCUGGAGCGUAGCGGCACUAUCGACAAGUGGUGGCCUUUGCUGGACAACAACGAUCAUUCUGUUGGCACGGUCCUGGCGCGGUUGUCGCUGGAGGAGACGGUGAUUCUAAUGGAGGCCGAGUACGAAGAAUUCGCGACUCUUCUGCACAACUACUCGAAUGGCCUGACAACACAAAUUGCCCACCUCCUCGGGCCUGAUCUUCGGCAACUGUCUGAUAUCCUUCUGGACAUCUUCCAGGCAUCGGGUAACGCCACUGACUGGAUCAACAACCUCGUAGAGGAAGAAAUUGACGGCAUCUACAAGGACACUCCCCCAAUGCGGAUGCGCUUCAGUGGCCGUAUCCACUCCAACGACUCGUACGAAUCCGCCGAGCAGAGAGAAAUGCUAGUGCGCGACCUCAGUCGGUCGGCUACGAUGGAGGCCAAUUUGCUUUUCCGAGGCAACUCACUAGUCACGAAGGCACUCGAUGCCCACAUGCGCAGGCUGGGCAAAGACUAUAUGGAGGAAGUCUUGGGCGAAAAGUUGCGCAAGAUCAUCGAAAGAGAUCCCGACUGCGAAGUCGAUCCCAGCAGAGUACGGUCGCAAGAUCAGCUCGACAAGAACUGGGCGAACUUACUAUUCCUCACCGGCGAAAUCUGGAAAUCGAUCUAUGUCUCGGCGGCGCGGUGUCCAAUGGAUCUGCGCGUUGUUUUCCGCCAUGUGCGGUCUUGCGCCGAGGAUCGAUAUGGCUCCUUCAUACGGACGGUUAAGUACACGAGCGUCUCCGGAUUCCUUUUCCUUCGGUUCUUUUGUCCUGCAAUCUUGAAUCCAAAACUCUUCGGCCUGAUCCAGGAUCACCCCCCUGACCGCACGAAGAGAACAUUUACGUUGAUCGCGAAGUCUCUCAAUGUCCUUGCAAACCUGGCACGAUUUGGAACCAAAGAGCCUUGGAUGGAGCCCAUGAACAAGUUUUUGGCAGCGUCGACGAACCAGUUCAGAGCCUUUGUCGACGAGAUAUGUUCUGUAAGCUCCUCUCAGAUAGCUUCGGCUAAACUGGAGCCCCAAUAUGCCGCACCAAACCAGAUACGAGGUCGACUUCCAGCUCUAUCCCGAGAAGGCCUCCCUAGCCUCCCAUUCCUUCUAGACCACGCCAAGUUGAUGGCCCAGCUCAUUGACCUAUGGGUCACGCAUGCCCCCGAAAACAUCAGCGAUGCAACUGAUGAUGAGGCCGUACAAACAUUCCAUACGGUCUGUAUGAGGCUCUCGCAGAGAAGCAAAGAAUGCUUGAAGGCUGCGGAGCAAGCCGAACGGCCCGAUGAAAAGUCAGAACAGACCUGGCAACGGCUCCUCACGGAUCAGCAAAAAUCUAUAUCACCCAGCAGCACCUUUGAAGAGUCUCUACUGAGAUCUCACAGAGAUAAUGACAUCACGGCUCUUCCCCAAACGUCAGACUCUGUCGCCGACGUGGAAUACAAGAAUGCUGAGCUCUCUCCAAUUGUUGGAGAAGGCGAUACGACACCAUCAAGCUCAGCUUCGGCGUGGGAAAGACGGAUUCCCUAUCCUCACCGGGCAGCAGAGGCCCGAACGAUGACAGACUCGACGAAUUCGUCGACGGAUGCAGUUGAUAUGGUGGAAGAUGCUCGGCGGCCGAUGUCUAGCAGUCGCGAUGGUCCGGCGAAAAGCCGUCUAUUCGAAUUAAUGAGUUCUUCCUCGAGGCGGAGAGGAAAAGCUGGGGACCGCAGUUAUGUAGACGAUGACGGGCACGAAGUUUGACGACAGAAGCAGCAGAUUUUUAUGACCUUUUUUUUUGAUGUCGCUAGAUACCAAAUCAUGUACGACAAACAGUGAUCUUUCAGUAACUCGAGUACAGGCAUUCUACAGUUCUGCUGGUAAUUAGCGAAUAUCAUCGGCUGCUCCUUCACGGCUGCCAGGAAAGAGGAGCAAUUUCUGCCCCUUACGCUGACUGCCAGCUGUCUGCGUGGCCAGGACUGUCCCGAGGGAGUGUUUCCUCAAGAC